AUGUCAGAGGAUCGGGAGCGCAGUAAGAUCUCGCUCCGAAGCGGCAAGAGGAAGGCUCGCCCACAGAUUAGUGCACCGCGCCAGAUCUCGGAACCCAUUCUGCAAGAUGGAUCGGGUCCACCAAGGCUUCGGCCGCCGCCGCAAGCUGGAGGAGGAAAGACCUCGGACUUGGUGAAACGACGGUACUCGACGCGGUUUAAUAACCUGCCGAACGACUUCGAUGUGAACAAUCCGCCGGUACCGGCUAUGCCAUCCCUCGACAAGUACGAGUUUCGCCAGCGCAGGGGAGCACUCACAUCUUCAAGCCUUGGAGGCGACACAGCCCCUGCUCCGGUCGUAGAUAUAAAGACAUUGCGAGAUCCUGGCUUGGUGCCAGAUCAAUGUGGGUGCUAG